AUGAAAAUUGCUCCUGUCUAUCAUUCUCUCCUCAAAAACUUGAAGCUGGCAUGUAGGCAUAAACCACAUUACGUGCAAGAUAUUCGUUUUAUCUUAUCUCUGCCCCUGGUCACGGUGUAUUCGUUUUCGAGCGAUGAUUCGUUCUCAUCAAGUGGGUUUCAAGGUUGUUCUGAUGAGGUCUGUGACCAGAAAGCUCGAGAUCCUAACCAAUCUCCGGCGGGUAUAUCUCAUGAUAUUGGUACGUCAGCUGUGUUUUCGUGGGGCGCUCCAAGAAGGUCAUCUUCAUAUCUCGAAAGGACUACCUCAGAGUGCUGGGCGCUUGAUCCAGAAAUGCUUUACGACAUCUGUCGUGCGGACUUGCGGGCUGCUUUAGAUGGCUCUAGGGAAGCGAGCCACCCUGUCUAUGAAAAGGUCGAGAGCUUGGUGGCAACAAAAACAAACGACACAGAUCAAUCUGCUGUUGAUGCCCUUCCCCCGAAAAUUUUGAGUGCAGAGGCUGCCAGGGAGUACCUCCGGCAACAGCAGUGUCCUGUUGUGCCUCACUCUGAUCCGUGUGAGAGUCCACCUAGUGUGCCGACGAAUCUUAAUCCUGUUGCGCUCAGGGUUUUGCGAUAUCGAGAACUCCUCUGGCUGAAAUCGCGUCUUGAGGAGGUGCUCGGGGCUGACGCUGACCGGCGCCUUGCUGAGGUGCUGCGUGUGUCGGCGCCGCUUUCCGAUGAAGAUUUCAUCCCAGACGCUGCUCUUUGCAGUACUGGAAGCCGCCCUCAGAAAGAUGCGUCAAGACAAGCGCAGGUUUCUCGAGACUGUGACAAUCCAUCUUCACAACAGACAUUGAAUAGGGAUACAAAAGGAAGCACUUCUGUUUGUAGCGACUCUCCACAGGACGAGACUAGCAGCAACGCGAUCAUCUCCGCUGGUGCUGUGGGAAUUAUCCGAGAGUGCGCUGCAUUCCGCCACAAGGAGAACUUUCCCAUGGCAACAGCAUUUUUGGAGGAUUGCGAUCGAAUCGACGUCAGCGCACUCCGCGCAGCACAGUACAACACGGCAGAGCUCACAAGGUUGGUUUGCGACCGUAUUACGUGCAGCUGUUCUUCACAAAAUGAGGAUUUGCAGCUCUCAGCAUGGGGAUCGCCGUUCGACCCUGAAUAUGUCAAUCGUGCACAUGCGGGGAAAGGGUACUUCGGUCAAGCCCAUUUGAUCUUCUCUGUGCGUUUUCAACUCGAACCACUUGAUCACUCUGCCCAUAUCCAGCUCGUUAACUCUUACUUUACCUGUUUGAACAUCAGGACGAAUAGUAUGAUGGAGUUGACAGGCUAUUUGCAUCCACGAGAUGUAAUGGCGCUUCUGCAGGAGCGAGAUCUAGGGAAAUUCACUUUUCAAAGCAGUGUAGCGGAAGUCGAACAUUCUCACAUAGAAGCCUCAGGUAAAGUGGCCUCUCAUCGAGAUAAAAAAAAUUCAAAAGAUGUGAAGGACGGCCGGUUGAUCAGGGAAAGGAUUAAAGCCAGCUCGUCGGCAGGCACUGGAGGAACAUUAAAUACGCCUGCUGAGGAGGAGGGAAUCAAGAAAAAGGGUAAUGCUCAAGAAUUUGAGCUCGUUUUUGUAAACGACGAUGAGGGUCCUGUCUGCAUAAAAGGUAUUUUCUACUAUAAGGUCGGUACACGGGAUACGUUAGCCUUUGAGCCCAUCAAGGCUAUCACAUUUGGACACAUUUUACUUAACUCAUGA